UGCAUAACGGUGCAGUUCCGUCUUCGUUGGUAGGUUCAGUUUGAGUUGGUUGGCCACUGAAAACAGCAUGUUAGCCUAUCACAUUGUCCCAGGUCACACAACAAACGUACAGGAAGAGAAGAUGGCAGCCAGAAAUGGAAAGAAUGGACUAUUGGAAAAAUGGAGGAUCGAUGAAAAACCUGUGAAGAUUGACAAAUGGGAUGGUGCAGCUGUGAAAAAUUCUCUCGAUGACGCGGCUAAGAAGGUCCUCUUGGAAAAGUAUGGAUACCUUGAGAACUUCAACCUUGUAGAUGGACGUCUAUCCAUUUGCACCGUUUCCUGCCUCUUUGCAAUUGUGGCUCUGAUUUGGGACUAUCUUCAUCCGUUCCCAGAAUCUAAGCCAGUUCUGGCAUGCUGUGUCAUAUCAUAUUUCAUCAUGAUGGGAAUUCUAACUCUUUACACCUCAUACCAAGAGAAGAACAUCUUCCUGGUUGCAGUUGAGAAAGACCCUGCUGGCAUGGAUCCAGACCAUACCUGGCAGCUGUCCUCCAGCCUGAAAAGGUUUGAUGACCAGUACACGCUAAGGGUGUCUUUUACAGAUGGAAAGACCAGGCGCACACGGGAAACGGAGAUCACAAAGUCUGUUGGGGCUUUUUUUGAUGAGAAUGGAGUACUUGUCAUGGAUCAGUUUGAAAAGUCUGCCUCUAAGCUUCAUGACACAUUGGCUAUAGAUAAGAAAAUAAAGUAAUUAGAUCUGA